AUGCCAUUACCUGCUAAGACAGAUGUUCUACCAAAAGAGACACCUGCAAAGGAACAGAGCAUUUCGGGGCCUAAGCUGGCCGUGGCACAGAAAUUGAAGCGAAAAGUUGUCGUUAGAACGCGGGAGGAAGAGGCGAAGGUGUAUGGGCGAACAUUCGUUGGAUGCGGAAGACAGGAGGAUUACAACGUUCUGACGAAGUUGGGCGAAGGAACGUUUGGAGAGGUUCACAAAGCUGUACAUCGUACGAAGGGGAAUGCAGUCGCUCUCAAGCGGAUUCUGAUGCACAACGAAAAGGAGGGCAUGCCUGUCACAGCACUGCGCGAAAUCAAGAUCCUUAAGGCGUUGCACCAUCCCUGCAUUGUCGACAUUCUGGACAUGUUCGUGGUAAAAAGUCAGGACAAACACACACCACUCUCCGUGUAUAUGGUCUUCCCGUACAUGGACCAUGACCUUGCUGGCCUCCUCGAGAACGAGCGUGUGAAGUUGUCACCAAGCCAAAUCAAGCUAUACAUGAAGCAACUUCUGGAGGGCACAGCGUACAUGCAUCGAAAUCACAUACUUCAUCGAGACAUGAAAGCAGCGAAUCUGCUCAUUUCUAACGAAGGCACGCUCAAAAUUGCAGACUUCGGUCUCGCUCGUGCGUUCGAUCCGAGCAUUGUGCAGCACAAGGAGGACUUCCGCGGCAAGGAACGGAAAUACACGAAUUGUGUGGUGACUCGGUGGUACCGUCCCCCGGAGUUGCUGCUUGGUGCGCGACAGUACGGCGGUGAAGUCGACAUGUGGGGCAUCGGCUGCGUGUUGGGCGAGAUGUUCUGGCGUAAACCGAUUCUACCUGGUGCCUCAGAUUUGGACCAGCUGGACAAGAUCUGGAGGUUAUGUGGUACGCCGACACAGUACACCUGGCCAGGCUACGACGCCUUGCCUGGCUGCGAAGGCGUCAAGAAAUUUGCCCCGUACCCUCGACAGCUCAGGAAUCUCUAUGAAGCGAUCGGCCCUGAGACGGUCGAUUUGCUCGACAAGCUCCUAACAUGCAACCCACGAGAGCGAAUCACUGCUGAGCAGGCCCUCGACCAUGACUACUUCUGGACGGACCCUCUGCCUGCGGAUCCUAAAACUCUGCCAAGGUACGAGGCCUCCCAUGAGUUCGACAAGCGUGGUCGUCGUCAGCAAGCUCCUGUGGGUCCUGUUCUUGGUCAGCACAUGAAUGAAAUGCCGAGGCAGUUGCCUCCGCCCGCACACAUGCAACGGCACCGUGCGCCACCUCCCAGAGAGGCUUUCCGUAGCGGUCCUCCCCCUCAUUUUUAUGGUGGAGCACACAACCAAGGUCCGCCUCAGCCCGCCUACCCCUCCUAUCCUCCCGCGCAAGGCUACGCGCAUCCGCCACAACGAUACCCUCCUGGUCCUGGGCCUAUGCCGCCUGCAAGCACCCUAAUGCCUAUCACGCUCAGGCCUGGACAGCCACCCCCGCAGAUCGCUCCAUGGCAGCCGCCUCCCCCUCGGCCAGUCCAUCUGCCUCCCCGCCCGCAGGCGCCUAUGCCAAUGGGGCGAGGCACCGGCCCUCAUCGUGACCACAACCAACCACACUAUGAUGGCCAGGGCGGGUACAAUGAGGGCGCGCUGAACUAUGGCUGA